CAGAAAAAUAAUCAACGGAUAAAAAUGAAUCAAAUAAGUGAGCACAUGUCAUAGAGUUUGACAUUGAUUUAGUUGAAGAAGGAGCGAAGUGGUGAGCAGACGUGUGUUAAGAUGUCUCGUCAGAGUAUGAGGGCGAACGACCCUAAGAAAGUGAGUGGGGAGCUCUUCACACUCACAUAUGGAUCACUAAUUGCACAGCUGCUGAAGGAUUAUGAAAAUGUGGAUGAUGUCAAUCGCCAACUGGAGAGAAUGGGUUAUAAUAUUGGCAUGCGGUUAAUUGAAGACUUUCUUGCACGGGCCAACCCAGGUAGAUGUUACGACCUCAGAGAUACAGCAGACAAAAUUCAGCAAGCCUUCAAGUUGUAUCUGGGAGUGUCACCAAGCAUAGGAAGCUGGAGUCCAGGAGGAGACGAGUUUUCAGUAGUACUCGAGACAAAUCCAAUGGCGGAGUUUGUGGAAUUGCCAGACCACUGUCUUGGUCUUCGUUACUCCAACAUCCUAGCUGGAGUCAUUCGUGGAGCAUGUGAAAUGGUACAGCUGGAAGUAAUGGCCUGGUUCAUCGCAGACCAGUUGAAGGGCGACAACGUAACAGAAAUUCGCGUUAAGUUUGUGAAAAGAUUAGAAGAUGCUAUACCAGCCGGUGAAGACUAAUUUGAUCAUGAAAUGUUAUAAAAGCAUGAACUUGUAUUAUUGUAAUAUGGGACAUUUAUAUCAAUGGUAUGUUAAGUAUGGACUAUUUUUUGUUGGUUGAAGUAAUAGUUUUAUGUGAAGUAAUAGCACCAUAGUUUUAUUUAGCAGUAAAUAAAAUAGUUUAUUACAAAAGUUUAUUAGUACACUCCACCUACUUUUAAGGGUAACACUGUAGAGUAUAUCCUAAAAAAUUUUGGUACGAUGUGUCUCGCGUUAUAUUUUACCGUAAAGUACCACACAAUGCUGUACUUUACUGUGGCCUACUGUAGGUGAAUGUAAACUACUGCAACUCUCAAUGUAUUUAUGUAACUGGAAAGUAAUAUAAACUUUAAAUUAUCA